AUAUCAAAGAGUGUUUAUCAGAUCCCUGCAGUCGAAAUGCAACCUGUGAUGAUACACUUGGUUCAUAUAGAUGUACCUGUAACGUUGGCUACUCUGGAGAUGGAUACCAUUGUUCAGGUAAAGGGUUAUACUUGCGACAUUGACGUAUCAUGCAGUUGGUAUUUAUCCGCCAAUUGUUCGAUUUAGACAUAAACUAGCUAAGAACGAUGAAUUUUAAGUACUGAAUAUACCGUAAAAUUUGAAGCAUAUCCAACUGAAGCGUUCAAAUUUUUAUGGUGAAUUUAUUCAAAAUCUCGCAAAGACGCGGCAAUCAACUUCAAAAUAUUUUGAACUUUAUUGCGCGUCAUCUUGGGUAAGAUUUUUGAAUUCAAUAAAUUCAAUAAAUUAUUGCCUAAAACACAUAGCAGUUGCGUUCUUAUAUUCUAAAUGGUAUAGAAAGUGGUAAUGCAGCCAGCCUUUAUAAUCUAGAUAAUUAUAGAAGAACUAAAUGUAGAGUUUGAAGUGUGUUAAAUACUUGAAAAACUCUUUGAUUUAAUUGCUAUUAAUCUUUUUUUCUGAGUGUUUUUUAGGAAAGUUUGUAUGGAAAAGGAAAAAUGAUGAAAACAGUUCGUAGUUGUAAGACAAAUAUCCUACUCAUCGCAAACCAUGUUUCGAAUAUAUCUGCUAGAUAUAUAAAAGAUCGGAAUAACUUUGAUCGAUGAUUGGAGUAUUACUAUUGCUAUUGCUUAUUUGCUAUUGCUAUUGCUAUUGUUAUUGCCGCUGCUGUUGCUGUUACUAUUGCUGUUGCUGUUGCCGUUGCUAUUGCGCUUGCUAUUAGUGCUAUUGCUAUUGCUAUUAGUGCAAUUGCCAUUGCUAUUGCUAUUGCCCUUGCUAUAACUAUUGCUAUUGCUAUUGCUAUUGCUAUUGCCAUAACUAUUGCUGUUGCUAUUGCUAUUGCACUUGCUAUAACUAUUGCUAUUGCUAUUGCUAUUGCUAUAACUAUUGCUGUUGCUAUUGCGCUUGCUAUAACUAUUGCUAUUGCUAUUGCGUUUGCUAUAACUAUUGCUAUUGCUAUUGCUAUUGCUAAUGUUAUUGCUGUUGCUAUUGCUGUUGCUAUUGCUAUUGCGCUGGCUAUAGCUAUUGCUAUUGCUAUUGCGCUUGCUAUAACUAUUGCUAUUGCUGUUGUUAUUAGUGCUAAUGCUAUUGCUAUUAAUGCUAUUGCUAUUGCUAUUGCCAUUGCUUUAUCAUGAAAAAUAGCCCCCCCCCCUCCCCCCCCGCACCCGCUAGUAAAUCCAUCCCUGUGUUCUUGUUAAAACAUUUCGGAUUCCAAAUCUUCUUGAUAGUUCAUAAUAAACUUUAGCAGGCAUGCGAGAACAUUGUAGAUGCAUAGAAGUUGUCAGGAUAACAGGUGGUGCCAAUAUAUACACUUGCAGAGUUUUGAAAGUCUUGAAAGCCUUUUUAUACCAUAAUAUUGAUACAUAACAUCAACAUUUCUGCUGUUUAUAAUUGAUCUAUUUCAUUUUAGAAAAUGUCAUAGUCAGGGUUGAUGGCACACAAAUUAACUGUUUAUGCCUAGUAAAUAUAUAAAAUAGGUCAUAUAUUGAAAGUCAUUCAUCAGUAACAAAUGAUGGCAAGUAUAGAAAUUAGAAGUAUAAGUGAUGCAUAUAGUUCUUGAAUAGAAUGAUAUAAUUCAGCAUACCAGAUCCAUACAAUAAUUUUUUGUCGUGGAAGAAAAUCCAGUAAACAGGAUAUUAUGUUAGUUUUGUACAUUGUGUGCUAUAAAUAAGAUCCCAUUAUGACAUAUGGUUGUUGUUGAUUAUAAGACAAUAUAGUAUGGGAUAGGGGAAGGGGGAUAUAAAUUGCUUACCUGGUGUUCUUGGCAAUGACAUUUAGUUGCAGAAAUCAGGGUGGAUGAAGAAGGGAGCACCCCCUCCAGGAUAUAUAGUUAUAUACUGCAAAUUGAUAAUUAUGACUGGUUGCAACUGUUACUAUAAGUAUUGAUAUUCCAAUCUAAAGCUGAACGACGUCAUAUGACGACCAGGGGUGAGCCAUACGAUGACCAGGGGUGACCAGGAGUGAACCUAUAUUAUAGCCCUUACCGCGGCGGCAUUUUUUGAUUGGGGGGGGGGGGGGUAAAAA